AUGACUUGUUCGUAUCUACCGAGGACCACUUCCGAUCACUGUCCUAUGUACAUAGAGUUUCGUAAGGAUCCUUUUUCCUAUGGCCCCUCUCCAUUUCGGUUCCAGCAAAUGUGGGUGGAGCAUCCCGAAUUUAUGGAUUUUGUUCAGAAUGUUUGGGCUGCUCCUGCGAUUGAUGCCCUUGAAAAGAAAGUUGAGGAACUUGAGGGUAGUCUUCAAAGGGAUUGGAAGGAAGAUGUCGAAAGAGAGCUUGUUUCUUCCACUGUUGAGUUGUCAUCUUGGAGGCGUAGAGAAGAUACUAGAUUGGCUCAAAUGGCUAAGCUAAAGUGGAAAAUGGAAGGAGACCACAACACUAAAUUUUUUCAUGUUUGUUUAGCUAGUAAAAGGAACAAGAGAAUUCAAGAGAUGAGAACGUUGAAUGGGGUAGAGUAUUCUUCACCGGAAGACAUUCAUCAAGGUGCCGUUAAUUAUUUUUCUGGUUGUCUUCAAAAUACCAACCAGUCAAGAGAGCUUCUGGAUUUAUCUUACUUAAUAUCCCCGGUUAUUGAUGAAGCGGAUAGUACCCAUAUCUGUCGCAUUCCUGCUCUGGAUGAAGUUCAUGAGGCUCUUUCUUCUAUUCCUAUAAAUAGUUCACCAGGGCCGGAUGGUUUUGGUGCGGGUUUCUUUAAAAGCUGCUGGGAGAUGGUGAAGAUGGAUGUCUUGUCUGCUAUUUCAGAAUUUUUUAUCUCUAAAUCUCUUCCGAGGUUCUAUACGGCUUCUUUUAUUGUGCUGAUUCCAAAGAUGAAUGCGCCUUCAGGGUUCGACAAAUUUAGGCCGAUCAGUCUUUGUUCGGUUUUCUAUAAAAUAUGCUCUAAAACUAUUGUUAAUCGUCUUACUGGCCUUCUUCCCAAGAUGAUUUCUCUUGAGCAAGGCACUUUUAUUCCUGGGCAUAGUAUUUUUGAAAAUAUCAGUCUUACUCAGGAAAUGGUCCAUUCUCUUAACAAGCAAUCUCAUGGUGGUAAUAUCAUGCUCAAAGUUGAUAUGGCCAAAGCGUAUGAUCAAGUGGAUUGGAAUUUUUUGUUGGAGGUGCUUCGUUUUUUUGGUUUUCCUCCUUCUUUCUGUGAUUUAAUUCAUGCUUGUAUUUCCAAUAUUUGGUAUUCUGUGAUGCUUAAUGGUACGACAAAAGGUUUCUUUCAAGGGGGUCGUGGUCUUCGUCAGGGGGAUCCUCUCUCUCCUUAUCUUUUUAUUAUUCUUCAAGAGGUCCUUUCGAGACUCUUGAAACAUAGUGUGGCAGAAAAAAGGAUUGGUCAAUUUUCUCAAGCUCAAGGUACUCCCCAGAUUUCUCAUCUUAUGUAUGCUGAUGACAUUGUGAUUUUUUUGAAUGGCAGCAAGAAUUCUAUUAGGGAGCUAUUACUAGUUUUUGAGAAGUAUGAAAAUUGGUCAGGGCAGAUGAUCAAUAAAGAUAAAACUUCUAUGUUCUUUUCUCGAAAAAUCUCGCCGGCCCGUAAGAGAGCUCUCAAGCGGAUGACAGGGUUUUCAGAAGGAUCUUUUCCCUUUAAGUACUUAGGAGUUCCUAUUGUUUUGGGGCGUCUCAAGCAAGGGCAUUUGGAGGAGAUGGUGAACAAAGUCUGGAAAAAAAUUAGCGGCUGGAAAAUGAAGAUUCUCUCCUCGAGUGGUCGUCUGAUUCUUCUUAGACAUGUUCUUUCUAGUAUGGCUUUACAUUUGUUUGCUGUUUUGCAGGUUCCCAAUUCUAUUAUCAAAGUCCUUAAUCGUCUGAUGAGCACUUUCUUUUGGGGCGAGGUGAAUGGGAAAGGUAAAAAAAAAUGGGUGGCUUGGACUAAUAUCUGUAAGCCAGUUGAGGAAGGUGGUCUGGGGUUGCGCAAUUUGGAUGAUAUGCAAAAAGCCUUGCACAUGCGGUUUGCUUGGAAUUUAAUUCAAGGUAAAUCUUUAUGGGCAAGAUUCUUUAAGGAAAAAUAUGUGGGAUCUUCCCCGUGCUCCCUUCUUGACACUAAAAAAGGUACAAGGUUUUGGAAAAUGAUCGUUAAAAGUAUUCCCAGUAUUCUCAAUAAUUCCAAGUGGCGUAUUAGGGAUGGGAACAUUUUAUUUUGGUAUGAUAAAUGGAGGGAAGAUGGUCCUUUAAUUGAUGAUUUCCAUAUCGUGGGAAACCCACUGCUUCAAAUUAAGGAUUGUAAAAUGUCGAAUAGCUGGGAUGUGGAUUUAUUGACUAACUUAGUGGGUCAGAAUAAUGUGGAUAACAUAAUUGAGGCUUUGGCUCGUUGUAAGGGGGGAUCGGAUGUGUUGAUAUGGACAAAGCAUGAUAGUGGUAAUUUCAAUACUAAAUCGACUUGGGAUUGUAUUCGAGUUCGAGGGUCUAGCAUGGAAUGGCAUUCUUGGAUGUGGCAUAAAUCCCUUCCCCUUAAAAUCUCUAUUGCUAUGUGGAAAGCUUGGAAUAUGGCUUUGAGUGUUGACGAUCGUCUUCGACAGAUUGGUAUUUCUAUAGUUUCUCGUUGUGACUGUUGUGACGAAGGCAAUUGUGAAGAUCAAAACCAUGUCUUGUUUGAAGGGGUCUUUGCUGCAAAGAUUUGGCAUUAUCGUGGUACUAUUUUUGGUCUUCCUAUUGGUUGCUCCUGGAUGGAGACAGUGAAGGCCUGGUUUCGACGUGCUUCUUCUUCUUCUCAAGUGGGGCGUUUGGUCGGUUUUCUUCCUUCCAUGAUUACUUGGCAACUCUGGCAAAGAAGAUGUAAGGCCCGUAUGGAGGGGCGUUUUGAGCCUUUCAAUUCGGUUUGGCAUGCUAUUAAAUCCUGGAUGACUUCUAUGUGUCAAGACAUGAAUAAGGUUAAUACUUGCUCCCGGUAUGAUCUGGAUAUCUUGCAGGCUUUACAGAUUUCGGCUUUGGCUCCAGUUAGACCUCAUUUUCAGCUUGUGUCUUGGAAAAAACCUGCUCAAGGGUGGUUCAAGUUGAAUACAGAUGGCAGUAGCCUUGGUAAUCCAGGUUCUUCAGGGGUGGGUGGGAUUAUUAGAAAUGAUCGUGGUCAUUUGGUUCAUGCUUUUUCUUCUCAUAUUGAUUUUGGUUCUAAUAAUAGAGCCCAGUUGUUAGCUCUUCUGCAAGGUCUCAAAGUCUGUAAACAAUUGGGUAUACACUUGGUAGAUAUUGAAUUAGAUUCUCAAGUGGUUAUCUCGUGGUGGAAUAGGAGGAGAUGUGGUGUCUGGUAUUUGGAGGAUUUCUGGGAAGAUAUUCUUGAUAUUACUGACUCUAUGGUUUGCAUGUUUCGGCAUGUUUAUAGAGAGGGCAAUAAAGUUGCUGACUGGUUGGCUAAGAGAGGUGCAGCUGGUCACCAUUCGGUUUGGAAUGUUAUUGGGGAUAUGCCUAGGUUUCCCAGAGGAUUAAUUCAUUUGGAUAAAUUGGGUUUACCUUCGUUGCGUUGA